AUGGGCGCUGGGUGGACUUUACGCAUGCCGUGGCCAAACUCCUGGCACCAACUGCUCUUGGCUGCGCCGGCCGAGCCGAGCUGGGCGUCGAAACUGCCGAAGCCACUGAGAGACCCGGAGGUGAAGUUGGCGAAGCAGCUUUGUCGCUUGCAUGGCCUCGAGGUGCCCGGAGCUUUCAGCCAGUCUGGAGGAGGUUACAGCGCGGAUGCAUCCGACGGCGAGCUUGUGGCCCUUAAAGAGGAACUUGCCAAGGCUCUCCAGGAGGCAGAUGCUGCAUGUGCAGCUUUGCGAAAGAAGGAGGCAGAGGUCGCUCAGCUCCGGCGGCGAGCGGCGGGCACUCCUGAGAUUCCUGUGUGCAAGAAGCUUCUCGGCGAGGGAGGUGCCGACAACAUCGCGGUCGGGGCGUUGGUCGAGAUCCUGGAUGCAGAGGUGCAGUUUCCCUACCCACGGCGUUGGCGACGCCCGCUCUUCUGGGUUCUGGGUACUGUACCCUUCUGUUUGUAA